AUGACCACUACACUCCCCAGAAGACCAAGCACAUGGGCCAGAGCGGUUAGAAGAGAAAAGGCGGAGAAUACGACAAUUCACGAUAUUGACCUUAGCUCGGCUUCGACUAUCCAAGAGGAGCAAUACUUGAUGCUUCGCGUCCUCUGGAAACCGCAAAGGCGUAACGGACUCAAGCUAGCAAAGUUUGGAUUAGAUGAAUGGACUCAGAAGGCAGCCACCAUGCUAGAAUCAAGCGCCUCAUGGGCUGCUUACAUUGCGAGUUUCUCUGGAGAUUCCAAAGAGGGGAUAUUUUCCUUGCCUUGGUUCUAUCAAAAACAGGUCGCCCAUGUCUCACCAAAUCCUAUAUUUCGGCCAAAUGUUGCUAUUAGCCCGCCCCGCACUCGUGGCCAGCUGAGAAACAUAGCGGCGGGUAUCAAGAAACUCUCGUUCGAUGUGCCCACCGAGCCACCAAGUACGCCCAAAAUCGAGCCAGAGGUAGAAUUUGAUGAUACUCCCGAGGAGCCUAGUGCAGCUCAGGACACACCUCCCGGGGAAAGGUCAUAUGGACCCAAGGAAUUCCUCAAUCUAAACUAUCCAAGGACAAAGGAUGAGCAGAUUGUCAACACUGCCCUGGUUGACUUCCUGAAUGCUUUCAUCAAGCUGUGGCCGGUAAUCGUGUUCUCAUCUCCCAAGGCCGAAACGAAAUAUUCAUUACGAAAAGACGAGUCGCCUGGAUUUCAGACGUUGCACGGCUUCGGGGGCUGGGAUACUGAGAGAGUCGGGGACAUGAAAGAUAUAGGCAAGAUUCUGCUUGCAAUUGCUUUGAGGGCCGAGAUGGAGCGUGAGCAAUCGGCGCCUCAGCAAUAA